CACCGCCAGCCAGCCGCACUCUGGACAAUAACACAGCUGGGGAUGCUGCACGGCCACCAGCCGCUCGCCACCUCUCCCGCAGCCUGCUGCCCGUGAGCGGAGAGACAGCAAGGGGGGCACUCGCCCAGGGCUGGCGUUUGCCUUCCCCUCCAGAGCGUCGCCUGGAUCCGCGAGCCGGAGGGCGAGGCAGCCAGGGGAUUGCAGAGGCUGGGAAAAUGGAGAUCGCGGAGGCUGGCGCCAUUCAGCAAGAGAGGCUGCAGGCCAUAGCGGAGAAGAGGAAACGUCAGAUCGAGAUCGAAAAUAAAAGGCGGCAGCUGGAAGACGACAGGCGCCAGUUACAGCACCUAAAGUCCAAGGCUCUGAGGGAGAGGUGGCUGCUGGAAGGAGCCCCGUCGUCCGCCUCCGAGGAAGACGAGGCCAUGAAGAAGCAGAUGCAGGAAGACAAAGUGAAGACCAAGGAGCUAGAAGAAACCAUCCAGAGGUUAGAGAGGGAGCUGGAGAUUCUGGAGAACGGGGACUCGGCGCCUUCCACCAAGAAGCUGGGGAAGGAGGUGCCAGCAAAGGAGGAGAAAGCAGCAAACGCACAGAAGACUCCGCUGGGCACAGCUAAAGCGGAGCAGAAGAUCUGCAACAGCCCCAUGAAGUCGGUGGAGGGCACUGACAUGAUGAAGGCAGCCAUGUACUCAGUGGAGAUCACAGUGGAGAAGGACAGAGUAACUGGCGAGACCAAAGUCCUAUCCAGCACCACCCUGCUCCCCAAGAAUCAUUGCCUGCAGGGGGUCAAGGUGUACGAGGAUGAGAUGAAAGUGGUGCACGCGGUCCACCUGGAGGACGGAGCCAUCGAGAAUGGGGUGCACCCUCUCAGCUCCUCCGAGGUGGACGAGCUGAUCCACAAGGCAGAUGAGGCGAACCUGAGCGAGGCCUCCCAGAGGGACUUGAAGACCAAGGAGCGUGAAGAGGCCAAGAAGGGGGGUCCCGGGAGCAGCCUGCCCAGCCAGAAGACCACUCCCCGGAAGGAGAUCACGGGGGUGCAAGCCAAGCCAGUGGACAGCCCAAGAACCCUGGCCUCCGGCGACGGGGCGGAGCCUAGCAAAGAGCAGCCGGUUACCAUGAUCUUCAUGGGCUACCAGAACGUGGAGGACGAGGACGAGACCAAAAAGGUGCUGGGCCUGGGGGGCACCAUCAAGGCCGAGCUGGUGGUGAUCGAAGAUGCCGACAACAAGCCAGCGGCGGCCGGCGCGGCAGAUUGCCCGGCCAAGGACCACGCCCCGCCCAACGGCAGCACCGUGGAGCCCGUGGCCGCCCUGCCGCAGAAGGAAGACGGCCAGGUCGGGGAGACGCCAGGAACCAACGACACGGAUCCCAAGGGGGCCGAUCAGGACCUAGACAUGAAGAAACAGCGUUGCAAAUGCUGCACGGUGAUGUGAAACGUCUGCCGGCUCCAUUGUACAGCCAAAAAGGACUGCCCCCCCCCCCACCUUCUGUUACCCCAUCCCUCAUAGUUCCCUAGGUUCCACCCACAAACUCCAAGUGUCACAGGAUUUUAUUUACCUACCAGACACAACUUCUUUUUCUUAAGAGACUGGGGAAACAAAUGCAGUGUUUGUAAAGUGUAUAAUAGGCAGCACCAUCUCCCGGCCGCGGCAUCGCUCGUCUGACGUCCGCUUCCAUGCAAUACGCCACCGGCGCUGAAUAUUAUAUUUAUUAUACACGCUUAUUUUUUCCCCCUGCCUUUGUCUCUCCCCCACCCGCUCCCCUGUGCCAUGGUGGGGUCUCUCAGAGAUCCUCAGCCCACCGGGGAUGGCCAUCACCAACUCUCCCGCCUGUAGGACUCCCGUUUUUUUAAUUUUACCGAUAGCUUUCCCUCUCGUUAAAUGACACCCUCCUCUGUUAUCCAAAGGAUGCCGGAGCUGAUCUCCCUGAUGGGGGGCUCAGGAGAGGGUCAUAGGACUAAGAAGCCUCCUUAGAUGGUUCUUCAAGAACUGGCUGUUGUUAGGACUUUUUUUUCCGGCCUUCUGGAAGGGGAAGGAGGGAGGCCACCUACGUCCCAGCACUUUCUCCACCUGCCCUGGCAUCAACGGGCCACGGUUUAGAAACACUCCGGCCACCUGCUCCAGCAAGACAGAAGCUCCUGUAUCAUCUUGAUGAGGCCACAGCCCAGCCUGCAGAGCCUGCCUGUCCAGCGGCAGCUUAACUAUCCCCCUCACCCCGGGUUCCUUCCGAUGACAGGUCUGGGGAAACCCAACAAGGCACAGACACAGCGCCCCAAACCACAGCUCCACAAGAAGUUUGAAGCAGAGGUUUCGGCCGGCACGUGAGCUGCUGGGCCGAACUUAAAUUUGGCCUGAUCUUGCUGCUUAGAGUUUUUAAGCACUGACCCGAGCCUUCAAACCAGCCGCAAGAGGGACUGUUUCUGCGGCAAAAGGGAAAGGACGCUCUCCGGGGAGGAGACCUCUGCAAACACGUGUGACGUACCGACCCAGCUUGGCCAAGGUCCGUGGGGGUGGGCUGGGAGAUGGACCUGCUGUUUCAACACCUAAAGUUGAUCGUUCCUGUGGUGCCAGGGGCAACUCUCGGUUCCAGAAAAAAUGCAGCAGUGUAAAAAAAUAAACAGGUCCCUGCUGGAUUUCCAGGCAGCAGAAUCGGUCAUUCCGGAGUCACUCCUCCUCUGAAGGAACUUCUCAGUCCAGCACUCACAAUGGUGACCACAAGCCUUAAGGUACUUUAUUGACCCCGCUGGUUUGAAUGUCGGAACCGGGGCCUAUCAGCUCCCACACCCCUGUGAUGUCAUGUCCUCUGCUGGUUUCUACAGAAGAGCGGCUCCUUCAUUUCUUAGCUGGCUUUUCUCUGCUGGAAUGCCAAGGCCGUGACGGGGCGAGGUGGUUGGAAGGACAUUGACUGCGUCUCCCCUUGCAUGAACGUUUCCCUUGUCGACACCGUGCCGGUAAGGAUAUCGGCCACUGAGCUGUUGACCGAGAUGCGCCCAGCCCUGGACGGUGGGUGAAACUGGAAGAGGUUGGGCCAAGGCUUGGCCAGCGGGAGACGGGACUGCUCGUCGGGAGUUCUGGAGGGUUGUUCUGGACAUGUUCAUGGUCAUUAAACUGUGGAGCCCUGGUUAGCCACAGGUAGGGCCCUCGUCCCCUGUCAGCACCUCCACCCACUCAGCACCGGCAGCCCCAUAGCAUCAGUGCUGUCGCCUUCCCAGUCCAGGACAGCCCUCCCCCGCAGCAUGCUCGUCUGGACAAAGCCUGAGCCCUCCAAUCCCCGGGCAUGUCCUAUUGCUGCAUGGGUGGGGGCGUUAUGAUUCGCCUUUGGCAUCACCUAGUGGCAUUGAUGGGUCCCCUCGAGUCAGUUGCUUAUUCAGCACAUUUGGCCCUGGCAAAGCAAAACGGUUUUCACUCUGUGGCCAAGGAGCCCAGCAAGGGACCCGACAAAUGGCUCUGAAGGGGGGCAGAGUUUGGCAGCUGCCUCAGUUGCUUGGAGACACCCCUAAACCAGGCCCCAGUCCUGCCCUCCUUGAAACCUGUGCAGGCCUGCUGACCCCAAUGGGGUUGCACCGGCUGUACCUGAAAGCAGAAUUCCCCCUUCCCCCAAGUAAAGAGAUGGGGCUGGAUUCGACUCUCGGCUACCAGCUGACUGGUGUGGGUCCGCCCCAGAGCUUGGGGGCUCCUCUGGGGGGGUCACUCACAGAGGUUUCCGCCUUCAGAAUAUCUCUAUUCUUUAAAUGGGUCCUGCUGAAGGAGGGCACCUGGUUUUGAAAGCAGUGAAGUGAGUGGGGAUGCUUUGCUCGGCUCAGAGCAGGAGCAACUUUUGUUCUUUUGCUGCUCCUGGUUCGAGUCUGUAGCUGGCCACUGGGCCUCAGCCACCGCCCGGGAGCUUCUGAUUCUUAGCCGGGCUGACGUCCGUUCUCGGGAACACCUCGCGAGGGAGCUCCUCAGAACGGAUGCCUCCCUGAUCCCUACUCGCUUUCCUUGCACCCACUCUCCCUGCAGCGUAGCGCUGUGGGCGUGGCGCGAUCAGCCCCUCGCUCCCCUGAUCACGCCCGAUGAAUUGCAGGCCAGACCCUAGCUGGUGUAAACUGCCAGAGCGCCGUCGACUGCAGGGGGAGCGACGCCGGCUCACUGACACCAGCUGAGGAUCUGCAGCUGAGCAUGACCCGGGAGGCAGUUCUGCUCCGCCACAGCCAGAUGCGCAAGGAUGCUGCAGGUCCCCCAAAGGCAGCUUGUUGGCUCGCUGCGUUUGGGCCCCCGUCCAAGUGGGGCGGCCCUUUAGGGGAGGCAAUGGGAGUACAGGGUAAACCCCGUCCAGCAGGACAAAUCAAUCAAUGGGCCAUGACCCAGGGGUGCCACUAGAAUGCAGGCUCGGUGCUAGUGGUGAGACUUCCCGGCUAGACAGACCAAGCUACUGGGUGUGGGUCUCGGGUCUCCUUUGCUGUGGCAGGGGCUGAAAUAGGACAAGCCGCAGGGUUAGUGACAGGACUAGAGAUUGCAGCUCGUGUACCACUCACUGUGCAAGGAAAAGCUGGUGCUCAGUUAGUGUUUGGUUCGGGACGGCAGAGUCAGGGAUGCCUUGGAGUUGGGUCAUUUAUCUGCAGUGAAUCAUUUAUCGAGCCGACUUGAGACCUUUUUCCCACGCGCCCCAGAUAGACUUUAUUACACAUUUGCUCGUUACUGGAAAUGGUUCGAUGAACGCUCAGUGAAAACGCUCCGGGAACUUGGCAUUAGGCAGGGAGUCAGGUUGCGGGCCGGAGUCUCUGCUCC